AUGAUUGAUACACAGGAAUUCAGCCACGAAUCUCCUUUCAAGCAAGCUCAUAAUGACUCUGCCAGUAACUAUAAUCUUACAAAUACCACACCAGAUUUGGUCAAGUUUCAGCUUCAAGAACAAUACCGAUCAUCAUUAAACACUGACGCCAAUAAUAACGAGCCACCAUCGUCAUUUUCACUUCAUCAAAAUGGGGCAUACCCUUUUCAAAACUCAUUCAACCAUCAACUAGAAAAGAAUGCUGCUUUAUACCCUUCCUUGGUCAACAUACCUAGUUUGUCAUCCACGCCAACUUCAACUGACGAUGAUGAGGGUGAUAACAUUAGUCUUGAUACGUUUUUACACUCUGGUAAACCAAACUAUCUUAAUUUGAAAGUUUUGAUUGAAAAUGCCGCAUUCGAUUCUAGCCAACUCGGAAAAGAUUCGGUAUUACCUUUGAAUGAAGUGCAAAAGCUUAAACAAAAAGUUGCGGGGAAAUUGGAACUACAACAAUAUUUGCUUUCUAAAAUUUCUGUGUCGCAACAAUUUAUCAAUGAGGUUGUAUUCAAAGAUGGUGCUGAGCCGGAGAUUUUACUUAGAGUCAUCAAAACCGUAUCGUCUUUACAAGCACAACUAAUUUCCAACAAUAAAGAAUUGGAUGAAGCCAGACAAAAAGUCAACAAUCAUAACUUGUCGUGCAUGCUUUUAGGAUAUAUCGAAGAUGUAAAACGCAGUCGUCUUGAUGAUGAUGAUGAUGUUGUUGAACGCACUGCAGAUAGUUACCCAGAAGAGAAACUGGGCAAAGUAUCGUCUUCAGUCUCAUCGUCUCCAGUAAAACAACGUCGCUCGUCACCAAUAUUAUUUGAACUGCUUUCAUCACAUAUUGCCAGUAUAGCUGCACAAAGAAAUGUCACACUCUCUCCUCCACCUACUGAUGAUGAUGUUGAAAUGAAAAUCAGCUGGUUACAACAAUGCAUCGAUGCCAUACUUUUGAAACCCGUGACUUCCCAAUCUACUGAAGACACCACUUCCAUCGCCAACAAUUCAAUGUUGGACAAACUGUUCACGACAUCUCCAUCCUCAGACCCAAACAAGACCCUAACUGAGUACAAGACAGCAUUGACAGAUUUGAAAUUCUCCUAUCAAUACUUGGCCAAGGAAUAUGAACUCUCUAGAAUUAGCUCAUCCAAACUCAUCCAAGAUUAUAGGAAAAAAAUUGACAAGUUGGAAAAAGACAAAGGUAUAGUUGACCCGGUAUCUUGUCGAAGCUCAGUGUCGGAAGCAUUAUCUCCUACUCACUCGACAUCGCUUGAAAACAAGAAUAAGGAGAUUACUAAGCUACGUAAAGAGCUCAACUUGCUUAAAGUUGACAACAUUGGUGUUUCCAAACGUUCGUCUUUGGCCAUUUCACCAAGGUACAACGGUGGUGAUUACUCAUCCCCCGCGACUGGUAAAACACCGGGAAAUAGUGAUGAUGACGAUGCAACUAGUCAAAUCCUGUCAAUAACAUCGAGAAAUGCUACCACCUCAGCAAGUGGCGUAAGCAACAGCAUAUUGAGGAGCGAGUUUAAGAAAAUAGUAAGUGAGAUGCAAGACUUUUAUGAACAAGAGUUGGCAGAGGAGCGAAUGUUGCGAAAGAGAUUAGAAGAGGAAUUUGAUCGAUUUAGAAGUGGGCAAAACUAG